UCAGCAGAUGCCCAACAACAUGGGGCCCCCCAUGCAGCCUCCCUUCAUGCCCCCCGGACAGAUGGGGCCCCCCUCUGGACCCCAGGCUCAUCAGGGACCCCAUCAGGGCAUGAUGGGGCCCCCGGACAUGCAGAGACACCCUGGCCCUCCCAGGAACAUGGGACCCCAGGGGCCUCACGGUAUGGGACCCAGAGGGAUGCAGGGGCCCCAUGGAGGGAUGAUGGGCCCCCCUCCUCGAGGAAUGGGUCCAAGAGACCCUCAGGGACCUCCACCUCAGGGGGGGAUGAUGCCACCUCAGGGGGGCAUGAUGGGGCCCCCACCCAGGACACAAAACAACUAUGGGAUGGGCAACAUGCAGGGGCCCCCGGGAGGGAUGCACGGGCCACCAGGAAACAUGCAGGGGCCCCCAGGUAACAUGCAAGGACCACAUGGAAACAUGCAGGGGCCCCCUGGUAACAUGCAGGGACCCCAUGGAAACAUGCAGGGACCCCCAGGAAACAUGCAGGGGCCCCCAGGAAACAUGCAGGGCCCCCCAGGCAACAUGCAAGGACCCCCAGGGAACAUGCAAGGACCCCCAGGGAACAUGCAAGGGCCCCCAGGGAACAUGCAGGGGCCCUCAGGGAACAUGCAGGGACCCCCAGGGAACAUGCAGGGGGCCUCAUACAUGCAGAACUCGGGGCCCAUGAUGCACGGGAUGGGUUCUCAGGGGUCCAACAACAAAGAUCCCCGAGGGCCCCCGCCCAACCACCACAUGGGCCCCCCCGAGAGACAGGGGGGCGGGCAGGACCAGGGCCAGGGCCAGGGCCAGGGCCAGGGCCAGGGCCAGGGCCAGGGCCAGGGCCAGGGCCAGGGCUCGGGCCCCUACUGGGGCGAGCAGCAGGGCCGCCGGGGGCCACAGGACUUCGAGGGGGGACAGGACUUCCACAGCAGAGCGGAGGAGGGCUGGAGGCCGGGUAACCGGGGGGGCCACAGAGGGGGGGGGCAACUGGGGCUCCGAAGAGAGGUUCCCGGUGGGAGUUUCGGGGACGAGAGGGACGACAGGUGA